AUGAAGAAAGAAGCCGCGGUGAAAUUGGAAAAGGCCAAACUCGAAGAACAAGAGAAAAAUGCGGCCGCGGAGAUCGAACGCAAGAAAGUCGAGCUAGACACCGAGUUACAUGUGUUGCAGUUGGAUAGAGAAGCGGCCGCCGCGGAAGCGCAAGCAGAGAUCCUGGAGGCUGCCGUAGAUCAGCACGGCGGGGAGCAUCACAUCUGUCGGACUGUCGAGGAGGCAUCCGAAGACCGCGCUCAACGUACCUUUGACUACGUGCUUGACCAGGCUCACGUGCGCAUUGGCCCGCGUCAGCAAUCGCAGCGGCUUGACGGCGGAGAGCAUUACGUCUUUCAGAACGUUGAUGAAGCACCUGAAGAUCACGCUCCACGCCCUCCUAGCGCUCACAACCAAAGAAUCACCCAGAAUAUUGCUCGUCAGCAGGGAGAUGAAGCUAACGCCCCAGAACUGACCGCCAUGGCAAAGUAUCUGAUUCGACGCGACCUUGUGAGUACCUCACUUACGAAGUUUGACGACUGCCCUGAGAACUACCGGGCGUGGAAAUCUACAUUCAAGGGAAUGACACGGACUCUCGAGGUCACGGCAAGCGAAGAACUUGACCUUCUCGUGAAAUGGCUUGGUACCGAGUCGUCGAGCUACGCAAAGCGGCUGCGUUCCGUGCACGUCGACAGCCCCGAAGCCGGGUUAGAGGUAGUUUGGGAAAGACUUGAGGAAUGCUAUGGUCGUCCGGAAAUUAUAGAAGAGGCCAUCUUCAGGAGAAUCGCAAGUUUCCCCAGACUGUCCGACAAGGACACCGAGAAACUGAGAGAGCUGGGAGACCUGCUUCUUGAAGUUGAGGCUGCAAAAUGUGACCCUCACCUGACUGGGCUUUCCUAUCUGGACACGGCAAGAGGAGUAAACCCCAUUGUAGAAAAACUGCCGCAGCGCUUGCAAGACACGUGGAUAGCGAAAGGCUCGAAGUACAAACAAGAUCAUCGGGUCGCCUUUCCCCCUUUUUCGUUCUUUGCCAGCUUUAUUAGGGACCAAGCGAAAACGAGAAACGAUCCUAGCUUCAAACUCAGCACCGCAAGUGGCACCCCUUCAAGGCUCCCAAGAGCAGACAGAUGGGCAGCGAAUGAUGGCACGAGAAGAACGCCCAUCUCAGUGCAACUGACGGACGUGGAGGCAAGCACCGACCAUCCGCCCUCAAACGCACCAAAGUGGCAAUAUACAACCAAGUAUUGUCCUCUGCACAGGAAGCCUCACCCCCUCCAGAAGUGUCGUGCUUUCAGAGAAAAACCGCUGGAUGAACGAAAAUCUCUGCUGAAAAAUUAUGGGAUAUGCUUCAGGUGCUGCGCUUCAACAGACCACUUUGCAAGAGACUGCAAAACAGUUCUCAAAUGCGACGAUUGUGGUAGCGAGAGGCAUGCCACAGCACUUCAUGCUGGCAAUGUCAACCAUAGGUCUACUGUGGCUCAUCACGACUCUGAAGAUGUAAGUCUAGACCAAGAUUCCGCACUUGAGGUGUCAUCUAAGUGUACAGCGGUCUGCGGUCAAAGCGGCGGUGGCAAAUCCUGCUCUAAGAUCUGCUUGGUGAAAGUUAGUCACCCGACUCAGCCCCACAACACUGAAAAAAUGUAUGCCAUCUUAGACGACCAGAGCAACAGGUCCCUUGCAAGAACAGAGUUCUUCGACAUUUUCGGGCUCAAUGGUGACAGUUCCCCCUACACACUAAGGACAUGUGCUGGGACUACAGAGGCGAUAGGAAGAAGAGCAUCCGGCUUUCUCAUUGAGGACAUUCAUGGCUCCGUGAAGCUACCCUUGCCAACACUCAUCGAGUGCAACGAGAUGCCUAACAACAGGAACGAGAUUCCAACACCGGAAGUGGCAUCGCAUCACCCUCAUCUCAGAGCUGUAGCUAAAUUCAUUCCUCGUUUGGACCCAGAGGCCAAGAUUCUACUUCUCCUUGGGAGAGACAUCCUCAGAGUACACAAGGUUCGACAACAGCGCAACGGACCGGCUGAUGCUCCAUUUGCUCAGAGACUGGAUCUGGGAUGGGUCAUCGUGGGGAAUGUCUGCAUAAGUCGAAGUCGCACACCGGACUCUGUGAGCAACCUCAAAACAAACGUCCUUGAAAAUGGACGUCCCUCCCUUUUCGAGCCAUGCCAGAAUCAUUUUCUGGUCAAGGAGAAGCUCGCUGACACGCAAGGGUCGACACAAUGCUUCCAACCAGCUCAGAACGCUGCUAGGAAUGACCACUGUGACGAUGGGGUCGCUGAAACGCUGUUCCACACAACGAAGGAUGACAACAGACCUUCCCUUUCCGUCGAGGACAGGAAGUUCUUGAAGCUGAUGGACGAGGAGUUCUCAAGGGACGAAUCCAACAGUUGGGUAGCGCCUCUUCCCUUUCGUUCUCCAAGACCUUGGCUUCCGAAUAACAAGUGCUUGGCUGAGUCACGCCUCACUGCUGUCCAACGGACCUUGAAGAGAAAGCCAGAACUGAGGGAACAGUUCGCGAGCUUCAUGGACAAGAUGUUCAAGAACGGCCACGCCGAGGAAGCUCCACCGGUUCGAGAAGGAGAAGAAUGUUGGUACCUCCCCAUCUUUGGUGUUUGCCAUCCACGAAAGCCCGGGGAAACGCGAGUCGUGUUCGACUCCAGUGCACAGUUUAAGGGCGUGUCUCUAAACAGUGUGCUGCUUACCGGUCCAGACAUGAUCAACGGCCUGCUUGGAGUGCUCAUCCGAUUCCGGAAAGAGCCCGUAGCCAUUACUGUGGACAUUAAGCACAUGUUCUACUGCUUCUUGGUACGAGACGACCACCGAAAUUAUCUGAGAUUUCUGUGGUUCCGCAACAACAACAUCUAUAGUGACGUGGUGGAGUACCGAAUGAAGGUACACGUAUUUGGAAACAGCCCUUCACCAGCAGUUGCAACGUACGGGCUGCGGAGAACAGCACGAGAAGGAGAGGAAGAAUUUGGCAGCGACGUCAGGCAGUUCAUCGAGAGGGAUUUCUAUGUCGACGAUGGGUUGAAGUCUCUCCGCAACGUCAAGGACGCCAUCAGCCUAAUACGUCGCACGCAACAGAUGUUGGCCGCAUCAAACCUCAAGCUCCACAAGAUAGCCUCUAACUGCCCUACAGUGUUGGAAGCCUUUCCAGAAGAAGACCGUGCCAAGGGUUUGAAGGAUCUUGACUUGAGCAAUGGCUCACAGCCGAUCCAACGCAGUCUGGGAGUUUCUUGGAAUCUGAAGAAGGAUGUGUUCACAUUUACGAGUCCAGACCAAGAAAAGCCAUUCACUCGGCGCGGUGUCUUGUCAGUGGUGAAUAGCCUGUAUGACCCACUUGGGUUUGUUGCUCCAGUCAUCGUUCAAGGAAAGUCCCUCCUCCGAGAGCUAGUCGCUGAGACAUGCGACUGGGACUGCCCACUUCCUGACGAAAAGAGAGCCGCCUGGGAGGCGUGGAAGGACUCCUUGCAAGUACUCGAGCAGCUGGACAUACCUCGCACCUAUGCCCCUACCUCACUUACUACCGCAGAGAGGAAGGAACUGCACAUAUUCUCCGACGCAUCAACCAAAGCUGUGGCUGCAGUGGCGUACCUCAGAGUGACAUAUCCAGAUGGCGCGUGUCAUGUCGGGUUCGUCAUAGGAAAGGCUAAGCUAGCACCGCAUCCGGAACACACCAUCCCAAGGCUUGAACUGUGCGGCGCGGUGUUGGCAGUGGAGCUAGCAGAGCUUAUCAGUCGUGAUAUAGAUAUGGAACUUGAUGCUGUAAACUUCUAUACUGACAGCAAGGUCGUCCUAGGCUACAUACAUAAUGAGACGCGAAGGUUUUUUGUGUAUGUCAGUAACAGGGUGGAACGCAUAAGGAGCUCUACACGGCCAGACCAAUGGCACUAUGUUCCUUCUGACAUCAACCCUGCGGAUCUCGGAACCAGGUCUGUGCCAGCAGCCCAAAUGGCAGGAUCGACCUGGCUGACAGGCCCGGACUUUUUGCAUCGUCAAGAACGCUGCUCGCAGGUAUUGAAGGGCAAGUUCGACUUGGUCGAUGCGGAUUCCGACACGGAGGUAUUGAAGGGCAAGUUCGACUUGGUCGAUGCGGAUUCCGACACGGAGGUGCGGCCCCAGGCAAAUGUUCUCGCAACCAGUGUGGGCGUGAAACAACUCGGCAGCAAGCGGUUCGAGCGCUUCUCAAAAGUCUCAGGGAUUAUAAAUUCGCGACCCCUCGUUCCUGUUUCAACGGACCCCGAGUGCUGGGAAGUGCUGACUCCGGCAGUGCUUCUGACCCAGAAGGUUGGCGGCAACACAGUGCCACCAGUCUUUAACGACAAAGAUAUAUAUCGGCGACAGUGGCGGCAGGUUCAGUGGCUGGCCGACGCCUUUUGGUGCCGCUGGCGACGCGAGUUCCAUACCACCCUGCAGAGUCGUCGCAAGUGGCAGGGCCCAACGCGGAGUCUCAAGCCAGGUGACCUCGUCCUCCUGAGAGACAGCCAGGUUCACCGCAACGAGUGGCCCAUGGGACUCAUUGUGAACGCUAUUGCGAGUGAGGAUGGCAAGGUGCGAAAGGUGGAAAUCAAGACGGCAACACGGGGAGUGAUUAAGACGUUUCUCCGUCCUGUGACUGAGACAGUCCUGCUUAUUCCUUGUGAGGACUGA